AGGGCGGGCCGUCAUGACGAGCCUGCUACCAGUGUUAGCAAUUCUCAGCUAGCCAGCUUCAUUUUCGGGGCGGCACAAUGAGGGACGUCAAGAAAGACACUAGCUUCGCGGCAUUAUUACACACUAACAACAGCGCCUGAAAACACACACAGGUUUCUUCGAGGACUCGGCCUCCAAUACGAGUAUUUGGAUGGACUAAUAUGAGACCUCCAGAAUGGGAUUUGCCCAGCUAGCCGCUGCUAAUGAUUGUGCUGCUUAGCUUUGCGGCCAACCAGUUGGCGACAGCGCUUUGACACAGUUGCUUGUCAUUGUUCAUCUAAUUACAAACCGACUCUGAGAGGAGCUGAGCUCCUGGCACAACAAUGCCUCCCAGGCCAUCCUCAGGAGAACUAUGGGGGAUGCACUUGAUGCCCCCCAGCAUCCUCGUGGACUGCCUUUUGCCAAAUGGCAUGAUUCUCACUCUGGAGUGCCUUAGGGAGGCCACGCUCAUCACAGUCAAGCAUGAGCUUUUCAAAGAGGCUAGGAAGUACCCUCUUUAUCACCUGCUGCAAGAAGAGAGCUCCUACAUCUUUGUGAGCGUCACCCAGGAGGCGGAGCGGGAGGAGUUUUAUGAUGAGACCAGGAGGUUGUGUGACCUGAGACUUUUUCAGGCUUUCCUCAAGGUCAUUGAGCCUGUUGGCAACAGAGAGGAGAAAAUCCUCAACAGAGAAAUAGGUUUUGCUAUUGGGAUGCCCAUAUGUGAAUUUGAGUUGGUCAAAGAUCCUGAGGUACAGGACUUCAGGAGAAACAUUUUGAAUGUCUGCAAAGAGGCUGUUGACCUCAGGGAUAGCAACGGACCCCACAGUCGAGCUUUGUACGUCUACCCUCCCAAUGUUGAGUCACAGUCUGAACUUCCCAGGCACAUCUAUAACAAACUAGAUAAAGGUCAAAUAAUUGUGGUCAUAUGGGUGAUUGUGUCGCCAAGUAAUGACAAACAGAAGUACACACUAAAGAUAAAUCACGACUAUGUGCCCGAGCAAGUGAUCGCUGAAGCAAUUCGAAAAAAGACUCGCAGCAUGUUGCUCUCCCAAGAGCAGUUGAAGAUGUGCGUGCAGGAGUAUCAAGGAAAGUACAUACUGAAAGUGUGUGGCUGUGAUGAGUACCUUCUGGAAAAGUACCCGCUGAGUCAGUACAAGUAUGUGCGCAGCUGCAUCAUGCUGGGGCGCAUGCCAAACUUGAUGCUAAUGGCAAAAGACAGCCUGUAUUCUCAGCUGCCGAUCGACAACUUUACGAUGCCAUCCUACGCAAGGAGAAUAUCGACAGCUACACCUUACAUGAAUGGAGAAACCGCCACUAAGUCUCUGUGGAGCAUCAGUGGAACACUAAGGAUCAGGGUUCUGUGUGCCACUUAUGUCAAUGUCAACAUAAGAGACAUAGACAAGAUCUACGUCAGGACAGGGAUAUAUCAUGGUGGUGAACAGUUGUGUGACAAUGUUAACACCCAACGAGUUCCCUGUUCAAACCCCAGGUGGAAUGAGUGGCUGAACUACGACAUGUUCAUUCCAGAGAUCCCCCGAGCUGCCCGACUAUGCCUCUCUAUUUGUUCUGUUAAAGGACGUAAAGGAGCCAAAGAGGAGCAUUGUCCGCUCGCCUGGGGCAACAUUAACUUGUUUGACUACACCCACACAUUAGUAUCGGGGAAGAUGGCUCUGAACCUCUGGCCUGUUCCACAUGGACUGGAAGACCUGCUUAACCCUAUUGGUGUUACAGGUUCCAACCCUAACAAGGAAACUCCAUGUCUGGAACUGGAGUUUGACCAUUUUAGUUGCCCUGUCAAGUUCCCUGACAUGACUACCAUUGAGGACCACGCCAACUGGAAUAUAUCAAGAGAACUUGGAUUUAAUUACUGUCACACCGGUUUGAGUAACAGAGUGGCACAAGGCAACCCCUUCACAGAAAGCGACAAUGAGCAGCUACGUCAGGUGUGUAACAGAGACCCACUUUCUGAAAUCACUGAGCAGGAGAAAGACUUUCUAUGGAGGCACAGACAUUAUUGCGUCAAUAUGCCGGAAAUCCUUCCUAAGAUCCUUCUCGCAGUGAAAUGGAACUCCAAGGAUGAGGUUGCACAGAUGUAUUGCCUUCUGAAGGACUGGCCCGCUAUCAGGCCAGAACAAGCCAUGGAAUUGCUUGACUGCAACUUCCCUGAUCCUAUGAUAAGAAACUUUGCCGUGAAGUGCCUUGAGAAAUUUCUCACUGACGACAAACUCUCCCAGUACCUCAUUCAGCUGGUUCAGGUUCUGAAGUAUGAGCAAUACCUUGAUAACCCUCUUGCACGUUUCCUGCUGAAGAAGGCUCUGACCAAUCAGAGGAUAGGACACUUCUUCUUUUGGCAUUUGAAGUCAGAGAUGCACAACAAGACGGUCAGCCAGAGGUUCGGCCUUCUCCUGGAAUCAUACUGUCGUGCUUGUGGAAUGUACCUGAAGCACUUGAGCAGACAGGUGGAGGCUAUGGAGAAACUCAUCAAUCUCACUGAACUCCUCAAGCAGGAGAAGAAGGAUGAGGCGCAGAAGGUCCAGAUGAAAUUUUUGGUGGAGCAGAUGAGAAGACCCGACUACAUGGAUGCGCUGCAGAGCUUCACCUCCCCGCUCAAUCCUGCACAUCAGCUGGGAAACCUUCGCCUGGAGGAAUGUCGAAUGAUGUCAUCAGCCAAGCGACCGCUCUGGCUCAACUGGGAAAACCCGGAUAUGAUGUCGGAGCUCCUGUUCCAGAACAACGAAAUCAUCUUCAAAAAUGGAGACGAUCUGAGGCAGGACAUGCUGACACUGCAGAUCAUUAGGAUAAUGGAGAACAUCUGGCAGAACCAGGGCCUUGAUCUCAGGAUGCUUCCUUACGGCUGCCUAUCCAUCGGCGACUGUGUCGGCUUGAUCGAGGUUGUCAGGAACUCGCACACCAUCAUGCAGAUUCAAUGUAAAGGUGGCCUGAAGGGGGCGCUGCAGUUCAACAGCCACACACUGCAUCAGUGGCUGAAGGAUAAGAACAAAGGAGAGAUGUACGACCAAGCCAUCGACCUGUUCACCCGCUCCUGCGCAGGCUACUGUGUAGCCACCUUCAUCCUGGGCAUCGGCGAUCGACACAACAGCAACAUCAUGGUCAAAGACGAUGGACAGCUGUUCCAUAUAGAUUUCGGCCAUUUUCUGGAUCACAAAAAGAAGAAGUUUGGCUACAAGAGGGAGCGAGUGCCGUUCGUUCUCACACAAGACUUCUUGAUAGUGAUUAGCAAAGGAACACAGGAGUGCACCAAAACAAGGGAGUUUGAGAGGUUCCAAGAGAUGUGCUACAAAGCUUACCUCGCGAUCCGGCAGCACGCCAACCUCUUCAUCAACCUCUUCUCCAUGAUGCUGGGCUCGGGGAUGCCGGAGCUGCAGACCUUCGACGACAUCGCUUACAUUCGCAAAACCCUGGCGUUGGACAAGACGGAGCAGGAAGCCCUGGACUACUUCAUGAAGCAGAUGAACGACGCUCACCAUGGCGGCUGGACCACCAAAAUGGACUGGAUCUUCCACACCAUCCGCCAGCAUGCCAUGAAUUAGGAGGAGCUGCUUCCAGGGAUGAAAAGAUCUGGUCUCCACAAGUCCAGCAUGUGACUCAAACUCGGCCGGCGCGGGGUGGAACCACGGUGCUGCCACGAGCCCAGGAGGAACUUGAAACCCAGCAAGUGUCUGAAGCGCUACAUUUUGAACCAAUUCCAAGUUGACUUGUGAUCUUCAUGAGGACCUUUUAUGGCCUUUCCUCCCUCAAACCAAGACACUUUAUUCUCAUCGACAACUACAGCCAUCAGCGUUUAGGUUACGUUCGUGGUGAACCAUCCUGUCUGGCUUUUUAAAAUCAGAAUAUGUUUUACUACCUAACGAAUGUAGUCACGAAGAGAAAGAAGAAGAUGAUGAAGACCUGAGAAGUCUGGCGGAAGAAAUAUCGAAACACUUACUUAGCAUUUACUACUUUUUUAUAUAUGUUUUGCUUGUUUCCUGAGAACUAAUGACUCACUCGUAGCGAACAGAAGAUGCAUCCCAGCGUGGACGUUUUUGUACAGCAGUAUCUCCAUGGUCUCGUAUGCAUAAGGUGCACAUAUUCCUUCCUUUUUUGAGUAUCUCUACUGAGCCAAAGUACUGGAUGUGUAAGCCUUCCACUCACCAGUCUUAUUGAAAAGAGAGAAAGGAAAAAAAAAAAGUUAUUCCACGUCUCAUGUAUCCACAGCACUGAUCUCUGCAGUAUUUCCUUUUUUUUGUUUUGUCUAUCAGUAUUAUCUAUGUCAGACGCAGAGGCACAAACGACUCCCGAACUUCAGACGUCCUGCUUUAGAACGCCACAUAAAUCCAUCUUGCUUGAAGAGGAAGGAUCCCCAGCGCGGUGUUCCCCGUUUUCUGUUAACUCUAUGCAAGUCGUGAUCUCAACUGAACAGCAAGUUGAUGUCAGAAAACACGAGGUCCUGCUCUCUGAGCGUGAACUCUGCGCAGGCAUGCAUGAAAGAGAAACUACAAUGCUGCUCUAACUCUUUCAAUACAAAAGGGACAGGAGGCGAGCGGCGCUGCCUCUCCAAAUGAUGGAUGGCUCGACUUUUGUUUUGUGGAGGACUUUUCGUACUUUGCUGUGACACCCACGCGUUGGUUUUCCUCCGAUUGUCGCCCCUUACGUGUGAAAGAGACGUCUAUGCAGAGCCGCUCGCUGCACAGGCGCACAUAAGAGGUCAGUUCCAGCACUACCAAAUGACACACGGGGAGGUUUCCUGGACACUUCAAGUGCCGCGUCUGUGUUGUCUUUGUAUGCGUGUGCGUGCGUGUGGGAUGGCGACGGAGACGGAGCUUGUCGAGACGCUUCUGUGCAGGAUGCAGAACAGUGGGCCGGACCCAUUUAAACGGUUUUAACUCAACCCAUAUACACUAACAAUGCUACUUUCCUUGUUCUUGUCAUGGCUGUUUGUUUUUUGUUGUUUUUUUUCCUCACACUGCAUUAUGCAUGAGGUCCUGGAAUAUUUUACUUUGUACUUUGACCUGAUGUUGUUUACUUGAAUUUCAUGUAUAGAAAUCACCUUGUUACUUGUGUGUGUGCGCGUGAGUUACAACAAAGUCACAAUGAAGGUAACAAAAAUACCGCUACUACAUGUGCAAAUUCUAUCCUUGAAUAACUACAGAGGUAAUAUAUUUUUGUAUUUUUAAAUAUGAGCAUACUGCUAACCAAAAAAAAAAAGACAAAAAAGAGGAAAAAAGGAGGAACCAUGGCUAACCACCCUCAUGCAAACCUAGUAGACAGCUUCCAGUUGUUGAAAUGAUAUGAAUGAGUAAAGCAGAGGUGGGAUGAAGGACUUGUUAUCAGUUUGUGGGAGUCUAAGCACAAAGAGGAAGAAGCUACCCUGCAUGUUUUUAAACCAAUCCAUGUUAGUUACCUAUCCAUCUGUAAAUACUUCUAUAAAUAUAUAUCAUAAGGACGUCUUCACAUACUUGUUUUAAUCAUUCUCAUGUCUGAUAUUGAACUGUAAGCCUUCAUUUAAUGUACUGGUAAAUAAAAAACAUUUCCCCAACAAAGUCGUACUUCAGAUU